CUUUAUGUAAUAGGAUAUUUAUAAUAUCAACCUUGGUAUUUCUUCUGCAGUUAUGCUAUCUCUCUAGUUUCUCAUUGUUAACUAUUUCACUUACAAUACAGGCAUUUUAUAAAGUUCUACGUAGUUGGGCAUCUAAGAAGUUCAUGACAGGAUGUGUGAUCCUUUUUCCUAUAGCGAUCACCUUCUACAUAACCUGGUGGUUCAUUCAUUUUGUUGAUGGAUUUUUCUCUCCAAUUUAUGCCCAACUUGGGAUAGAUAUAUUCGGUCUUGGUUUUGUUACUUCCAUGACAUUCAUUUUCUUGGUUGGCAUAUUCAUGUCAUCAUGGCUUGGCGCAUCUAUCCUUGGUCUUGGCGAGUGGUUUAUAAAGCGGAUGCCUUUUGUUCGUCACAUAUACAAUGCCUCUAAACAAAUUAGCUCUGCUAUUUCACCUGACCAGAACUCUCAAGCUUUCAAAGAGGUGGUCAUCAUAAGGCAUCCGAGGAUUGGGGAAUAUGCAAUUGGGUUCAUCACUUCUGCUGUUAUUCUUCAGAAUUAUUCUGUUGAUGAGGAGCUCUACUGUGUGUAUGUUCCAACCAAUCACCUUUACAUUGGCGAUAUAUUUCUGAUAAAUUCUAGGGAUGUCAUCCGACCAAAUUUGUCGGUCCGUGAAGGAAUCGAGAUUGUUGUAUCUGGGGGAAUGUCAAUGCCCCAGGUACUUACAACGCUGGAUUCAAGAAUGUUGCCAACAGAUAGAAUGAGGACCAGCAGAAGCUGAGCUUUAAGAACUAUCCUCCCAAUUGCUAAUGUGAGUUAAGAUAUUUACCUGAUUACUUAAAAGGUAUUUAAUUAGUUUUUAGGUUAAGCAGUGAGUUUUUGACAACCUUUUUGACAGCCAAAAUCUUAAAGAGCUUGUAAGAUUCGUGCCCCUUUUAGAUUAUUGUGUAUUAUAUGAACUAUCUGCUGGUAAGUCUGGUGUUCUAUUUUGAAUACAAUAGAUGUCUUUAGGCUUCAAGCCAUUUUUUGUUUGGUUUGGCGUUGAAGUUUUUUUAACUCCAUAAUUUGUUUUAAUGACAACUUGCUGUAAACUAACUAUUCAUUACAAUUUUUCGUAGCUGUUACUUA